UUUUAGAGCUGAGAGCUGAGAAGAGGUCACCGACGAGGCCGCAAUGGCCGUGUCCACGAAAGUCGGCGAUAUGUGCCGCCUUUGCGGCACGGACACACUGAACAUCGUUCGACAUGCUAUUUUCGAAGGUGAAGGGCUGACCAAGAAGUACGCCCUGAAGAUUUCCGAGUGCCUUCCUCUACAGGUGACUGUAGAAGAUCCUCUUCCUAAAAACAUGUGUGGUGAAUGCGCCUACAAACUAGACUUGAUGAGUGACUUUAGAGACAAAGCUGUGAAGACUGAGGUUAUGCUCGUAUCCCUGGUGGAAGGAGUAAAACCCGAGAUUCCAGAUGAUGAUGAUGGUAUAGAUCACGAAAUAGACAAUGAUGAUGACUUCCGCUCUGACACACCCGUCGAGCAAAUAGAGCAGCAGACUGAACCCGAGAUACAGAUCAAAGAGGAAGAGGCGCCUCCACAGCCAGAAAAGAGGCCCAGUAGACGUGCUGCCGCCAAAAGGCCCAUCAGAGAAUCUGACGGCGAGGAUGAUGAGAUUGAGGAAGAACCUCCCGCCAAGAAGCGCGGCCGCAAAUCCAAGGAGAUUGCCCCUGCUGCCACUACUGCCCCUGCUCCCACACCAGCUGCUAGCAGCGCACCCAAGGAGAACACAGGAAAAUGGAGCGACAGCGACCAGGACCAGUGGCGGUGCCUCUUAUGCAACCAUGAUUACGGCCACCGGUUCAUGCGCCAUAUGAAGUCGCGGCACCCGCAACAGCAGAGGCUCCAGUGCAGUUGGUGUCUGCGGUUCUUCUUCUUCAAGGAGGUGCUCGAGGCGCACAUCCAGCGGCACCUGGCCACGGUUGACUGGGAGGGCUACAAGUACAAGUGCGAGAUUUGCAGCGGCUCGUACUACACGCUUGGCCUCUACACCACGCACAUGCGAAAGCAGCACAACAUCUUCUUUGAGAUCCAGUGCGAGUUUUGCGAUAAAAAGUUCCACCAGCCGAGCCUCUACGAAAAGCACGUGCGCUCUCACAAACCCAAACUGAAGCCCCUGGAGUGCGACCAGUGCGUCAUGAAGUUCUCCACCGUGCCCACCCUGGUCCGCCACAGAAUCCUCAAGCACGACAUUUUGCCUUACGACUGCGAGAUCUGCGACCAAAAGUUCCGCAUGCUCAGAGAUCUGCACAUCCACGUGUUGACGCACGCCGAAUCAGAUGCAAAUGAUGGAAAACCAAAUGAAAGUGAUGGAAAGCAGAACAAAGAUGAUGUUGCAAAACCCAAAGAUGAUGGAAAACCUAAAAAGAGAAUUGCAAAGCCUAAAGAAGGUGUUGGAAAACCUAAAGAAAAACCUAAAGGCACUGAUGGGAAACAAAAAGGAAAUGUGAAAAAACCAAACAAAAAUGAUAAAAACACCCCAAAGAAAAAUGAUGGCAAAUGUGAAAGACUGGAGCUGAUCUUUGAGGGCGACGCUACAUUGAUCUCCCUCAUGCUCGUCCAAUGCGGCACUUGCCUCAAAACGUUUAGCCAGAUCGAAGGCUUCGAAAGCCACGUCAAGGGCCACAAUCGCAAGUCCACUUUUCCGCCGCCCGCCUACAUUUGCGCCACGCAGGGCUGCGCCACCACCUUCAACAAGAUCGAGUCGUUGUGUUCGCACCUCAUGUCCGCGCACGCCGUUGACUUUUUCUUCUGCAAACUGUGCAACGAGCGUUUCCAGUCCGAGUCGCGGCUGCACAAGCACGAGCUGGAGGCGCACUUCAUGAAGUGCGUCCAGUGCAACCAAAACUUCCACUCGCCGGCCGAGUUCAGCGAGCACAACUUGGAGAACCACUUGUUGUACGACGACAACUGCCUGCCCUUCUGCAAUUUGUGCACCAAGGUGUUCAAAAACGCGCCCGACUUUAUGAAGCACUUCCAGUUCGAAGCGCACGGAAAUCCGCGGCAAGUCGAGCGGAAACACCAGUGUCCGUACUGCGAUUACGAAACGAUGAAAACCGGCAUUCUGAGGGAGCACUUGAAAGUUUGCCAGAAGAGGAAACUGAAAAUCGAGGAGUGCAGAAAGAACUUGACGUUCAAGCAAACUUUGGAGGGGUCGCAGGCGAUUGCGGUCAUCAGUGAGACGAUGAGUCUCGCAGACCCAGAAACAGAAAAAGUGCAGGAAAAGUCAAUUGAAAUUCCCAUGAUACCUAUUUGCAUUGAAGUGGAAAAGGUAAAAAAUAAAAACGAAAAAAUCAAGAAUGAAAGGCCAAAAUUAAGAAAGUUGCUUCCAAAAUUACCGCCAACCAAAACUGUGACGGUGAAAUCCGUCACACAGGAACAGCAACCGCAAAUGAAGAAGAAAGAGAAAGAUGAGGAAAUAAAGAAAAAGUCUAAGCCGGUGGUUAGGGAAAAACGAAAAACGGCGACUCAGCCGCCUUUGAAGUACAGAGAUGAGGUCGAAGCCGUCGAAGGUGAAACUUCGGACAAUUCAGACGCUGGUCCAGAGGUGCAGUACACUUGUGAAAUUUGCUACCUCUCAUUUACAAGGAGCUCUGACUUGAAGAGGCACAUAUGGGUGCGUCACAGCAUGGCCAGUUACAAAUGCCAAAAAUGCCAGAUGGCUUUUGGCACCUCAAAGGAUGCAAAGAAGCAUGAGCAGGAGGCCAUCUGCGGCCAAUUUGUUCUUUUGUAGAAAACGGAUAAUGAAACUUUUGUAGAUUUUGUGUUGAAAGUUUUUAGGUAUUUAAAGCAUUAAAAUAAUGAAUCAAUUAAAAAAAUAAAAAUCAUAUAAAAAAAACUCUAGGCUAAUUUUUUUAAUUGUUUAUCUCCAUGAAAUAAAAUUGGUAAAAAAAAAUAUAUAAAUGAAAGAUUUGUAUAAAAAUUGAUGGAGAGUUAUGAAUUACUGUCCUGUUUCUCAAAAAUUUUUAUUACAAACAAAAUAAUAAUACAGCGGUUUAUAAGAGCACAGCCAGCUUUUUCAAAUUAUGUUUUAAGGAUCAAAGACCCAGAUUAAAGUUAUGUAAUGCAAAGUUGAAUUAUUGUAAUUCAUAAAUUUUAGGACAAAAUCAAUAGAAAAUAACUUAUGAUUUAUGACUACUAAAAUUAAAUUAAAUUUCUAUACACCCAAUAAUUUCAUAAUCAAUUUGAAAUUGUUUAUAAAAUCAGAAAAUAUUUCCAAAUCAUUCACCAAUGAUUCAAAAUGAGGAUAAAACUAAAUCAU